CUCCAUUAACGUCUCCUGUCUUUCCACAUCAUCAACUUUCUGGCGCAGGCUCGUCGUUCUUCAACAGAUAAACAAUGACCUCCUGACGGAGUGAACCAACUCAAGCAACAUGCAGCCACUCACUCCUCCUCCUUACCUAGACCACAUAACACUUCCCAACAUCGAAGAUUGGCCCAACACUGACCCAGAUUCGGAACCUGCUGUCGAAGACUGGCUUCAGCUCCGGUGCCCAAAUUUGAACAUUAAAGAACUCAUGUCUUCAUACAACAAAGUCACCAUACCUGUCGAAGAAAAUUUUCGAUUACUUUGGAGGCUCAGAUCGGUUGUGAAUGCAGCAACAGAUGGAGAUGCUGAAAGCGCGGUAAUGCAAACACUGAAAGAUCUGGAGUCUGAACGCGUGAAAUCAGACGAAAGAUGUCGCUACAUAGGACAGAGACUCUUUUUCCACAAUCCCUUUCCUGAUGGGGAGGGUGCGAUAUGGGAAGCUCUCGUUAGGAGCAAGAAUUUGCUCUCUGUGAACGAGGCAAUAUCGACGCUUUUCCCCUACCUCUUUGAAAAAGUGAACACCGAGACAUCAGAAGCAAAAACUACCGAGCAGUCGGUAAGCACACAGCCCAAGAAGACCAACCAUUCCCGGGUGGCCAAACCACGAAGACCGCAGAGAAGCGAAACUCGCAAACAGAAUUCUACCACGAAGCGCCGGCUGCGGGACAAGACCGACAAAAGAGGCGGAAGCCCCCAGAAGAUGACGACGGAGAAGACGAGUCCGCUACGGAGGAGCCCACGCUUUACUCGACCUCAAUUGACCUAAUGUCUUCGGACAAGUUCAAGAGCUGGCACAGAUAUGCAAACACACAUGCUGAAGAAGAGUCGCUGAAGAAAUGGUCUCCUGGGACAUGGGAAAUUCCAUUCCUUCGUUGGCUGCCAGUGCCCUCUUCGGCGCCUACGUCCGAAUCCACAUUCUACCGCACCGCCGUGCCGUUAGAGCAGCUCGACCCGGUACCAGUCUGCCCUGCUCGCCCCUUAUUCAGUUCACACUGCCUUGGAACCAUACAUUGGUGAGGCAUCCAACAGCGAAAUACAUCGAAUCGGUGCUCUGACAUUGAGAGAUUGGCACAUGCAUGAAGCCAAUCGUCGAUGCCACCCUUCUUAAGAUGUCUUCAAACUAUCGACACAGCACACAGCCUGAGGCACCGGCCUGCGCGGUGUGCAGCGUCAAAUCCUUUCAGGCAAGACCAUCAUCCACGUUACUUUUGCCUUGGGAUCGAGCAAGGAUGCUAGACAGCGUCGGAUCUCACUGAGGAUUCAUCCCGAAUCGCUUCAACCUCUCAAGGUUGGCUCGAAACCCAUUGGCUCCUGACAAUCGCCCCUCUCGGUGCGAGCCAGACACGAACCACCUUUCCACCUUUCCUUUCAUCGACAGAAUCCACGUGUAAGACACAGGUAUUAGCGACUGCCUCAGCCAGCUACACCCUUCCAGGCACGAAGUCAGAAUCUCUGACAAUGAAGAGGCCAUCCCGUGUCUCGCUGCAUCCGAUCAUGACGAGUUCAACCCUCGAGCAGCGAGGUCUUUGGUGCCAUCACUGUCUCCACCUCCUCAGCUUGCUGCCAAUAUGUAUACUGACAGCCCACUGCUGACUUUGUUGGGAGAGGGAUACCCGAAGGGUUGGUAUGCCAACAUGAUCACUGUCCUAUCAUCCACAAACAUCUAGGACCUCCUCGCACGAAGAUGAAGUUGGAAAGCACGAAGCAAGACAAGGAAAGGAUGGCGGCAGUCGUGCACCCUGCCUGCUGAUGUAGCAGUCAUUCGGCCUGGCACAUCUACCACGGAGUAGUGGAUCGCUUCCGAUCCUUCUCGCCGUCGGGCUCGACUUUCUGCCACCACUUCCCCAAUCUUACCUCGCGGAGCCGCCUCGAUUUGCUCUCGGGAUGCAUUGAGCUUGACUUUAGGGUAGCGUCUAUCAAGGUGUGACUUCCGCUGGCCUCCAAUUGACGCUGGUACUCUGGGAAACCCGGCUGCUGUUCCCCUGUUACUCGGACAGUAGAUGCUACCCUAGUUGUCGAGGUCGUUCCGGUCGUCGGUGCGGGUGGUACGCCGCCGUUGCCGCCAGUGAAAUAGGCGGCACGUCGACCACCCUCUCCACCGGCCCGAGCGUCCGUCAUUGGGCCGAGGUACCGUGGCUGGGACCAUUCAGCUGUUGGCAACGAGCAACUAUUUCGCCCUGAUGUUGGCCAGUUGAGGCAUGUGAGCAGGACCGCAGCUCAAGGCCAGGCGGCUGGGCACUCCAGCAGGCUCGUCACUGCAUCCAAGUACUCCACGACAGUCACAAGGACAGGGGCGUCGGCAGACGUGACGGGCUGUACAGUCAAACUGGUCGGUCCCCUCAUGACCUGGUGUUGCAUCCUGCUCGUCGUUCAAGAGACUCGGCGGAUAGGAAUUGCGUCUCAAGUGCGUUCGAACGGCCAUUGAGCCGUGGCGAUUGGGGCCGAAGCCGAGGGAUUGUAUCUCUGUCGCUUUCUCGGCGAAGGUGACCGUCCUUACCGUUCACCAUCCGACGCUUUCGUCACCGGCUGUGGGCGAGUUAACCUGGUCGGAUUUUCUCGUCCCAUUCUCGAUAUAGAUCUUUCAGAUUAGCUUCUACUGAGAAUGCUGUUUUUGGAUCACUCCAUAGGCUUUUGUAGCUCGGUGCAGCAUGCUAUAGCAUUGAACGCUGGGAACAAGGAUGUUCGACUGUCCUCCAUUUCGCAGCCAG